UGAGUUCACUCACUCCCACUCUUUUUCUUCUUCUUUCUCCUCACUUCUCCCCUUUUUUCCUCGCUAACUCUCUCUCUCUCUCUCUCUCUCUCACCUGAAGGUUCCUCGUACACUAUCAAAGGGAAGCCAUUGGAGGAAGAAGAUCACCCGACACCCUCGUGCGAAGCUUGCAUUGAUACAAGCUUCAGUGAGGAGACUGGGACGUUACGAUGGUUGAGAUUCUCUUCGACGAUAUCUUUAGAGUGGAAAAAUUGAACCCAGAUGACAAAAAAUUAUUUGAGAAAGUUACACGCAUUGAAGCGAGAAGUGAAAGGUUUGACAUGUUUAUGCACCUAGACAUCAAUUCUGAGUUAUAUCCAUUAAAGGUGGGUCAGAAGUUCGCUCUAUUAUUGGUUCCGACACUGAAUCCAGAUGGCACCCCAGACACUGGCUACUAUGUUCCGGGAAAUCGGCAAUCACUGGCCGAUAAUUUUGAAUAUGUCAUGUAUGGGAAGCUCUACAAGAUAUCAGAAGGUUCUGGGCGUGAAAAAGCGGAGCUGAAUAUUUCAUUUGGUGGGCUUCUAAUGAUGAUGAAGGGAGAUCACUCUCAUUGCAACAAGUUUGAGCUUGAUCAAAGGUUGUAUCUUCUGAUGAGGAAAGUCUGAAAAUCAUGUUAAGAACAAGGAUGAGGAGGCUGUUUCUAACUUCAAUGUUAGGGUAAUUUGUAAGUCGAUUAUCAUACUAAUGCGGAUCUUUACGAUUCGAUUUUCCAAAGCAAAUAUUUGGGGAUUGGUCCCUUCAUAUUCCCCAGGUGUUUGUAUUUUGCUAACUGUCAAAGCUUGAUUAAUUAACUUGUCACCGAAAUUAUGUAAGUCUGACUUUAAGAGUGAACACUAGAUUGAUCAGAUUUCA